CAAAAGAAACACCAAACAUGUACGAAUCUUUUUGUAACAAAUCGACCCUAGAUAAUCGAAUAUCGCACGAGUGAUGAGAAGAAAUGGUUUCUACGAUAAAUCCAUCCACUGAAGCCUCUCAACUGUUUUUGAACACUACUCUAGACUCAUGUGCUCUUAAAUAUGAAGAGUUUGUCCUACCGAAUACCAUACCGUACUGCAACUGGACGUGGGAUACGGUGCUCUGUUGGCCUCCGAUCCCGGCCGGCUCGGCAAUACGACAAAGAUGCCCCCCGAUGCACGGAGUUGAUACCACCAAAUUCGUCGAGCGUCGAUGUAGCACCGAAGGACGAUGGGAGGCUAAACCCGGAACGGUUCCUACGGUUCUAGGAUGGACCAACUAUACACCCUGUUAUAUUCCGGAGAUAAUCCAAAUUCUGAAGAAAAUUUCCGCCGGCGAUACCGAUGACAAGUAUGAUAUCGCUCAAAGAACCCGGACGCUCGAAAUCGUGGGAUUCAGUCUUUCACUAGCAGCGUUGAUAAUAUCGCUAGUUAUAUUCUGUCGGUUUCGAAGUCUGCGAAACAAUAGAACUCGUAUACACAAGAACCUUUUUGUGGCCAUGGUGAUUCAGGUGAUAAUUAGACUAACAUUAUACAUCGACCAAGCAAUUAUUCGCCCUGAUGGACUGCGGUAUGGCAACGAGAGCUCUAGACACGGCAUCGAUAAUACGCCUUACCUUUGCGAAGCCUCAUACGUUCUGCUGGAGUACGCCAGAACUUGUAUGUUCAUGUGGAUGUUCAUUGAGGGAUUAUAUUUACACAACGUGGUUACCGUCACGGUUUUUCAGGGUCGCUUCCCCCACACCCUGUAUGCAAUGGUCGGAUGGGGAGGUCCAGUGGCAUUAACUGCUAUCUGGACUGCGGUCACUGCGCAAAAUGUGGACCAGCAAAAAUGCUGGUGGGGAUACAACUUAAAGCCUUAUUACUGGAUUCUCGAAGGUCCACGAUUAGCUGUAGUUUUGUUAAAUUUCAUAUUCUUAUUGAAUAUUAUACGAGUGUUAAUAGUUAAACUCCGCCAGAGCCAUACGAGCGACGUGGAGCAAGUUCGAAAAGCAGUGCGCGCCGCUGUCGUCCUAGUGCCAUUAUUAGGUAUAACAAAUAUUCUCAACAUGACUGAAGCACCGCUCGAGAAAACGGCCCUCGAAUUUGCCCUCUGGUCAUACGUGACGCAUUUUCUUACCUCGUUCCAAGGAUUCUUCAUCGCGUUGCUGUAUUGCUUUCUAAAUGGCGAGGUACGGAAUGCACUGAUGAAAAGCCUAAGCGUUUAUCUUUCCAUACGGGGUCAUCAUGAUUGGGCGGUCAGAAGGCCUUCGAUGUUUUCCGCUGCCUACGGUACAGCACCCGAAACGGAAGCACCGAACGUUGCCGAAUCAAACCGGUGAGUCAAAAUGCCUAAAG